AUGGAUAUCGACACUAAAAUCAAGGCCUACCGCUUCGUUGCCUACUCGGCCGUUGUCUUCUCCGUCAUUGCCGUUUUGUCGGUAUGCAUCACUCUUCCAAUCGUCUACAACUACGUCCAUACCGUUCGUCGUCAACUUCACAACGAGGCAUUGACCUGUAAGGGAUCCAUGAAGGACGUCUGGGCCGAUGUGCACCACCUCCGCGCCGACUCCGCCUCCUCCUCCAACCGUACCGCCCGUGCCGUCCGCUACGGCCGCGACGACUCGGCCGCCGGACCAAACUUCGACUCCGGAUGCGAGGGAUGCUGCCAGCCAGGACCACAAGGAGCACCAGGAGCCCCCGGAAAGCCAGGACGUCCAGGAAAGCCAGGAGCACCAGGAUUCCCAGGAAAUCCAGGAAAGGCACCACAGAAGCCUUGCGAGGAGGUCACACCACCACCAUGCAAGCCAUGCCCACAAGGACCACCAGGAGCACCAGGACUUCCAGGAGAUCAGGGAGAUAAGGGAGAGGCCGGACAGCCAGGACAGCCAGGAACCGACGCCGCGCCAGGAGAGCAAGGACCAAAGGGACCAAAUGGAGCACCAGGAAAGCCAGGAGCACCAGGAGCACCAGGAGACGAGGGACUUCCAGCUGUGUGUGAGCCAGUGCAAAAGGGAGAGCCAGGACAGACCGGAGAGCCAGGACCAGUUGGACCACCAGGACCAUCCGGACAGCCAGGAAACGAUGGAACACCAGGACAACCUGGACCAAAGGGACCACCAGGACCAGACGGAAAGCCAGGAGCCGACGGAAAUCCAGGACAACCAGGACCAGUCGGACCACCAGGAACCCCAGGAGAGCGUGGAAUCUGUCCAAAGUACUGCGCCAUCGACGGAGGAAUCUUCUUCGAGGACGGAACUCGUCGUUAA